GCACACGAAAGUUUACUUUAGAUAAACGUACGUUCUGAGUCACAAGCGAAUUCGCACAGUCACGACCAUCGAAGAGGACACUUUUAAUCAAUUUGUCUAUUUUAGACAAGACUCCGUCACUCCGACCAGGAUUAGCUGCUGACAGCUGUCAUUCGGUCAUGUUGGGCAUAACUGGUAUAAAUAAGCGUCCUUCGGAUUUUGUGCCGUAAUAUCGUAAUUAAUUGUAAUUUGUUCGUCGUAAUAUCGUGUAUCGAGUUGUUAUUCUUGUUUCUUAAAUUUCUCAAACAAUACCAAACCCACGGUUUCACGGUGUGCGGGUGAGCCGGACAAAUGCCGAAAAACCGCUAAUCUGUUAUUCCGCUCCCGGUUGCUUAGGCAUAAUGGAUGAAGAUUUGGAGUUUCGCGAUAUGGUGUUGAAAAAACUGGAAGAAAGUGGAUCGUUGCUGAGUAUUAAAGCUAAAUUGCGCGCGCUACUAUACGACAUCAUCGAAAACGAAUGCAAUGUUAACGAUCAUAGCAGGAAGACGUCCAAUACGCUUGAAAGUGAUUCAGAUUUCCAGCUAGACCAAAAAUCCCUUGCCUAUGAGCUAGUGUUCGAUAUGCUCUCGUCGGAGAAUCUACAACACACGAAAAGAAUCUUGGCCGCAGAAUCGGGUUAUCGUAGUGGCACAGUGCCUCGUGUGCAUAUGGCCCGACAAUUGAACCUUCAAUCGCCUGCUGACGUCGAAGACAAUGUGCGUCCACUUCUAAUGUUAAUGGUCGACCGACUGUGCGGCGAAAUGGUUGCAAAUAUUAGUUCUGAAACGAAAAGCAGUUCAAACGAGUCAUCGUCUGUCGAGAUGCACUACGGAGCGCGAACGAAAACAGAACAAAGCGACGGCGUCAGUACGCAGAACGAAACUCCGGAUGAUUAGAUGUACCCUUCUGCGGUAUUCAACGUUCCGGAGAUGAUUUAUUACGCUAGUAGGUAAACUCAAGACAAAAACCCUCGUCGGCCUAAAUUUCCCGAUAAUAAACUUGGAAGCUUAUGCAAGAUCGACUUCGGUUGCAGAACGUAAACCGUUCUUCGAUUACAUUUCGGUACCACUUCCCAAUGACACCUCCGUUUAGCCUUUGUACUGCUCUUGCUGUAAACGCUGUGUCAAGGCUCGAGAGACCACAUUCCAAGAGUCCAUAAACCUGUCCAUGCACAUGGCAAUGCAUUUCUGCAGAAAAAACAGGAAGAACAUGAACCCACAAAGUACGUGCAUCAUCGAUCGAAACAUACCUGCUCGGAACUAUCUAGGUCCUGCCCCGGCUUUCCAACGCACUUCUUGAAACACUUCUCGGUCAUUUUCUGGAAGCGAAGCAUUUACUAUAAAAGCUACAUUCAGAAACGUAAAGUAACUUACGGUGACUAGUUCUUGUGCGUUCGCUAUCGCAAUCUUUUGUUUGAUUGUGCUCAUCAAUUCGUCCUUUUGCGUGGAGGACAGAUUUUCCAGCGAAGCUUCCAUAAUGGCAGUGUGUUUGCUGCAGAAAUAAAUGCAAUGCAAGUCUAACGGAGCUUUGGUAAAUACGCG